AAGUUGUAGCUUCUCGUGUGAGCGACUCGCAGAGGUGUAGAUGAUUGCCAAUCUGAAAGGUGGAUGUUGACUGAAAAAAUGAAGCACUACUGUACUUGAAAUAGAGACACGGUUUCAGAAUGAAGGUGCAUAACACGACGACAAGUGUUGCUGAUGAGAGACGCAGCAUUCACGCGUUGUUCCCGCCCUGGAGUCUGCGGGAGAAUGCAGAUCUAUUUGACAAAGCCUUCCCUCCUUCAGCUGAGACAGCACAGGAGCAGAAGGCAGAUAUGGCCUCACAAGUGCUGCCAUCUGACGCUGUGUGGGACUACACUGUGGGCAAGUAUUUUCUCGGCUCACGAUGGAACGAGCAUCCACGUAGUCCCGCCUGGUACCGAAGUCCCUGGAUCUCCGCAACCGCACGAGAGGCAUGGGCGAAGUAGUACGAAGACCUUUGUUAGUAGAGAUAUUUCGAAGAUGAAAGCUAAGUAGAUAAGCUUUCCCAUCCUUACAAGUACCUCCUUCUCAUGGUGCUGAUAAUACCAAGACUUAUCAUCUCUCACUCAGCAUGGAAAUGGCAGGCAAGAUUUUUUGAUUGAUGCUCUUUUACUAUGUAUAGAUUCUAUCGCGCGCCGUACUCAUUUCGCGAGAAACGGAUCGUUCCGAUCCAUGAAAGCGAGACUACCGCAGAUGCUGCGCCGCCGAACGAGGCAACGACUGGCAUCGCCGUGAGCGACGAAGUGCGGCGGUGCGAGACGGAGUUCAACCAGGUUUUUGCACGCUAUGCCGAUGAAUAUUACGGCAAGGGGACUGCGGUUACCAGCGUCUUUCUGUGGGAGCCCUUGUUGGAAUGCAGGAUUCAGAGGCCGCGUCCCGGAGCCGGUGGAUCAGGCUCUCUAGAGCCCGAUGAGGAAGUCGUCUUGGAAGGGGUGCUUCUGCUGAAAAAAGAGUUGGUGGGCGACUCGUCUGUAGGAGCAGAUAAAGUAAGCGGGGGUGGCAAAACUCUCGACCAUCAAAAGCUCGGUAGUGCAACCUCUGGAGGUGCUAGAAGCGAGAUCAAGGCGAGUUCUCGAACGUGGGAUUCUGUUCACCGUAUUCGGCUGAGCGAGAUCUGCGCUAAGAGGUUGUUGCACACACAUGCUGCUGCCGUCACCACGUCGGUGUUUCGUUCCUGGUCGACCAUUAUUUUCGUACACAACGAGCUGCCUUCCUCGUCCUCCGCGGAGUCCUCGGAACAAAAAGCCGACGCGACAUCGGACGCGAUAUCUGAUGAAAGUGGUAGGAUGAAAGACGCUGCGCAAGAGAUCGCAAACCGCGAGGGGCUCGAUUCGCGGCGGACGCGAAUCAUCGGACCAGCGAAGACGUGCACGGGGUAUAGUAUUGACCGACACAAGGAGGAACGACAUCGCUUUGGAAUGAGUGGGAAUGAGUCGGUUGUUCUCUUGCGGCAAGUGGUUUUCGGGCGCAUGAUCGAAGCAGCUGAAAACGAGAUGCGGGAACACUUGGAAUUUUCGCUUAUGCAUCGCCACGGCGACUACUUCACGGACGAAUUCGGUCCCAACGGCGGGGGGAAUCCCCGCGAUGAAACGAAAAACAAUGUCUAUGCAGAGUUGCAGGCGCAUUUGGCCAAACGCGCGCCGAGACCCGAAGAAGCAGCGUAAAUGUAACAAUACUGUGAAAAUGAUGUGCAGUUUCAUGAAGAUAAAGAUUCUUCUUAUUGUAGUAAGUAC